CUACCAAAAUAAUGUAUUACUUUUGUUAAUAUAUUUUACUUCAACUAAAGUAUGAUAAAAUCAUCAUGGCACUAAUAACAAAAUCCCCGUCAUCAUCACCAUCCUCAUCAUCAACAAUAUCGUCGUCAUAGUCACUGCCUCUUCAGAGCUAGAAAAACAAACAUAUGUGUAAUAAUUGUAGGGCUAAAGAAGAGUCCUGUUUCUCACAACCUACACCCUCCCUCCCCCUAUCUGUGGCGGAAAGUUACUGAUUAAGCACAAAAAUAAUAACAAGACAUAAUAAGAAGACAUACAAAGGAUAAUAAAACCUAAAACUAUUAAAAAUAAAAGCUUAAGGAAUAAAAAAAAACCACCAACAAACAAGUUGAAGAAAACAACUAAGACUAUAGAAAACACCCAUAAAAAGCAAGAUUUAAUGAAGACAAAGUCUAUUUUAAACAUCAUUCUCAAUAUUGCUGCUAAUAAUAAGAAGACAUACAAUAAAUUAAAUGUGGUGGCACAUAAAUACAACACACAAACAUUUGUAAAUACAGAUAUAAACAUAACUACAUACAUACACAUAUAUGUAUGUAUUUAUUUAUAUAAUAUUAGAAAACAUCAGCUGUAGUCCGCUUUUAGUUAAAGCUAGAACUCUCUCAUUCAUUUAAGUUAUUUCCUCUUAAAACACAAUUUGUAGAACGUGCGUGCGUGUAUAAUUUCUAUUUCUAUUUUAAUUUUUAAUUAAAAUUUCAAAACACCAAACGUACACAAACAACUACAAUACAAUAACACUAAUAAUAAAACAAAACAUAAAAAUUAUAACAAAAAAAAAAUUAAAGAAACUUAUAUUGAAACCCCACAUAAAAUCGAAAAUAAUCAUCAUGCGUCUGCCUUAUCGCAAUAAAAAGACCACCCUUUGGGUCAUGUUUGCUAUUGUUGUUGUCACAAUGUUUUUAUUUAAAUUUACGGAAUUACGUCCAAUGUGUUUCUUCAGGGACGAAUCAUCAUCAGGAGCCUCAGCCGCUGGUCAAUCAGCCAUGAUGGUUCGAGGAGAUGAGAAAUAUAUUGAAGGAGACAAUCAAAAAGUUUAUUCAUAUAACAGAGAAAUGCCAUUAAUAUUUAUCGGUGGUGUUCCGAGAUCGGGGACAACAUUAAUGAGAGCCAUGUUAGAUGCUCAUCCAGAUGUGAGAUGUGGCCAGGAAACACGAGUGAUACCUAGAAUAUUACAAUUACGUUCGCACUGGCUGAAGUCGGAAAAGGAAUCGCUGCGCCUGGUGGAGGCUGGCAUUACCAAAGAAGUCAUGAACAGUGCUAUUGCUCAAUUUUGUUUAGAAAUCAUUGCUAAACAUGGUGAUCCAGCGCCCAGACUGUGCAACAAAGAUCCAUUAACAUUAAAAAUGGGCACCUAUGUGAUAGAAUUGUUUCCUAAUGCCAAAUUUUUAUUUAUGGUUCGUGAUGGUCGUGCCACUGUUCACUCGAUUAUAUCACGCAAAGUAACCAUUACUGGCUUUGAUUUGACCAGCUAUCGCCAGUGUAUGCAAAAAUGGAAUCAUGCCAUCGAAGUCAUGCACGACCAAUGUAAAGAAAUUGGUAAAGAACGUUGUAUGAUGGUCUAUUAUGAACAGUUGGUGUUACAUCCUGAAGAAUGGAUGCGUAAAAUAUUGGGUUUCCUUGAUGUACCCUGGAAUGAUUCUGUGCUACAUCAUGAAGAAUUUAUCAAUAAACCUGGUGGUGUUCCUCUCUCCAAAGUUGAACGUUCAUCAGACCAGGUAAUUAAACCAGUAAAUUUAGAGGCUCUCUCCAAAUGGGUGGGAAAUAUACCAGAAGAUGUUGUGCGAGACAUGGCCGACAUAGCACCAAUGUUAUCGGUACUGGGCUAUGAUCCCUUUGCAAAUCCACCGGAUUAUGGUAAGCCAGAUGCCUGGGUAGAAGAUAAUACAUCUAAGCUAAAAGCCAAUCGAAGAUUAUGGGAAAAUAAAGCAAAAGAAGUGUUGAAAAUGUCACCACAACAACUUAAAAAUUCCAAUACAGACGAAGACGAUGAUAAUACCAUCAAUGAAACAUUUGCUCCCGGAAAUACAAAUAUCAACAGCAAUAACAACAACAACAACAAUAAUCACAACAAUCAUAACGACGACAACAAUAACAACAACGAUAAUAAUCAAUUCCACCAUCAUGUUAAUAAUAAUGCAGAGGCCAUAAUGCAACAACAACUUCAGCAGCAGCAACAAUUGCACGAAGAAAUGGAUCAUAAUAAUAUGCAGUAUGAAGACAUAAACGACAUCAAUAUGUUGCAGCAGCAGCAGCAACUACAUCAUCUACAACGCGACCACUUUACAGAUGAGGAUGUUUAUAAAAAACCAAAGGAUAUAAUAACAAUAAGACAAUUGAAUACACAAUCCCUGAAAGAAAGUAUAUAAUAACAACUUUAAACAUUAAGAAAUUCCUAUGCUUUGCUUCUUCCUCCUUCCUCCUCAUCCGUCUACUCAAGUAGACGACAUUAAUGACUAAACUUAAAGCUUAAAGACUUUUUAGAAACAAAAACUUUGAAUUCCAUAAACCAAUGAAGGAAGGGUUUAAUUAAACUUAUUUAGAGAUCAUUGGAAGUAAAAGUGUAACAAAUCAUGGACUGGGAAGAGCAUUUCUAUUAGCCUACAUUAACAAUAAUGGUGGCUUCAAAUAUACAGGUUUUGUUUUUUACAU